CGAAACCGAAACUAAAGGAGAGGCAGACAAAAUACAACACAAUAUCUCUAUAUGGCAGACCCUUUCUCUCUCACUGCAACAUUCUCACUCUCCCAUUCGUCCUUUUCUUGCUCUCUUCUCCCUCCCAUGGCUACUUCCGCCGCCGCCGCCGCCUCUUCCCGCCUCCUCCCCUCCGCCGCCAGGGCCACCGCCACCACACUCUCUCUCUCCUCCCGCUCUUCUUCCUCUUCUCGUUCCUUCUCUCUCAAAGGCCUCGGAUCCUCUCCUCUCGUCUCUGGCCUUUUUCUCAAUCAGAAGAGAUCGUUGGCUUACGUCUCGAGUCGAGGGUUCAGUGCGGCUUCUGCUCCGAAAUGCGCCGCUUCCGAUACGGAGCAGCUGAAGAGUGCCAGAGAAGACAUCAAGCAGCUUCUCAAGAACACCUUCUGCCAUCCUAUUUUGGUUCGCUUGGGAUGGCAUGAUGCUGGUACUUACAACAAGAACAUUGAGGAGUGGCCACAAAGAGGUGGAGCUAAUGGAAGUUUGAGGUUUGAGAUUGAGCUCAAGCAUGGAGCCAAUGCGGGUCUUGUGAAUGCCUUGAAACUUCUUCAGCCUAUCAAAGACAAGUAUUCUGGUGUCACAUAUGCAGACUUGUUCCAGUUGGCCAGUGCUACUGCAAUUGAGGAAGCUGGGGGGCCAAAACUCCCCAUGAAGUAUGGAAGAGUGGAUGUGUCAGGACCUGAGCAGUGCCCAGAAGAAGGGAGACUUCCCUCUGCUGGUCCUCCAUCUCCUGCCGAUCAUCUACGAGAAGUUUUCUACAGAAUGGGGUUAAAUGACGAGGAAAUCGUCGCAUUAUCUGGUGCACACACUCUGGGGAGGUCCAGACCGGAUCGAAGUGGUUGGGGCAAGCCUGAGACAAAGUAUACGAAAGAUGGGCCAGGAGCACCUGGAGGAGAGUCCUGGACGGUGCAAUGGUUGAAGUUUGAUAAUUCCUACUUCAAGGAUAUCAAAGAGAGGAAAGAUGAAGAUCUACUGGUUUUGCCAACUGAUGCUGUUCUUUUUGAUGACCCGUCUUUCAGAGUAUAUGCUGAAAAAUAUGCAGAAGAUCAGGAAGCAUUCUUCAAGGAUUAUGCUGAAGCCCAUGCCAAACUAAGCAAUCUUGGAGCUAAAUUUGAUCCUCCGGAGGGUAUUGUAAUUGAUGAUGGGGCUGCAAAACCUGCACCGGAGAAGUUUGUGGCAGCUAAGUACUCAUCGGGGAAGAGAGAGCUGUCUGAUGGUAUGAAGCAGAAGAUUCGUGCAGAAUAUGAAGCCAUAGGGGGAAGCCCAGAUAAGCCUCUACAGUCCAACUAUUUUCUAAAUAUCAUGAUUGUGAUUGCUGUUUUGGCAUUUUUGACAUGGCUAUUUGGAAACUAGAUCUUGAGAUGCUGUCAUGAUAUUACAUUGUUAGUUGGAACUUCAAUUCAAUGGAGGCAUUCCCCAUUUGUGAAUGGUCGGUCUUUUGUGUCUGGAAUUCUUAAUAUGAUAUUGAAGCUAACAACCUUAGGUUUGUGAUUGGUUAAAAA